AAAUGGACGGACCAAAAAAUGAAAAGAAUCCUCCGGUUCAAAGAUUGGAGCGAUCGCCGAUCCUGAGCGACAAAACCAACAGAAGUGCGCUUGCUGUUCGCGCUUCUUGGUCAUCAACACCAUCAAAAUCCGCAACCAAGAACACGAAUGCGACCAGUCCGCCAAUGGGUUCUCGGGCGUUCUUCCUCUCCCUUAGACGGGCGAGAUGCGUCGAGGGUCUCGGAGCUGCAAACGGAUGGGGUUCCCGCAGGCUCUUGUCUUCGGGUGGUGGGUUGGGGAGCGAGUUGGUCGAGGAUGCCGUGGUUGUCGAAGGGGGCGACGAUUUGAAGAGCAGGAUUUUCAGGCUGAGGCUGCCGAAGCGGAGCGUGACGAACGUUAUUCAGAAAUGGGUCGGCGAGGGUAAUGGGAUAUCUGCUUCUGAGCUUCGGCAAAUCUCUAAGGAGCUGAGGAAGUCUCAGCGUUACAAGCAUGCUCUCGAGGUUUCGGAGUGGAUGGUUACCAAUGAGGGAUAUGAGUUGUCAGACAAAGAUUAUGCUGACCGGAUAGACUUGAUGACAAAGGUGUUUGGUGUUGAUGCUGCUGAGCGCUACUUUGAAGGUCUACCUACAUCAGCAAAAACUAGCGAAACUUAUACUGCUCUUCUUCACAGUUAUGCUAGUUUGAAAAUGAGUGAUAAAGCUGCAGAUCUUUACGAGAAAAUAAAGGAUUCAAACCUCUCGUUCAGUGCUCUUAUCUACAACGAGAUGAUGACGUUAUACAUGUCAAUUGGACAGGUAGAGAAGGUCUCUUCAGUUGUGGAUGAGAUGAAACGCCAGAAAGUGGCCCCGGAUAUCUUCACCUACAAUCUUUGGAUUAGUUCAUAUGCUGCUACGCUUAGGAUUGAUGAAGUUGACGGAGUAUUAGAUGAAAUGAGUCAGGAUUCUAACUCAAAUGAAGAUUGGAAGAGAUAUAGGCAACUCACAAGAAUAUAUGUCAUCUCAAGUCAACUUUUGAACUCAGAGUCUGGUGGGCUGGUUGAAGCUGAGAAGGGAAUCACUCAAAGAGAAUGGAUUACGUAUGAUUUUCUUGUCAUCCUCCAUGCCAGCCUGGGAAAGAAGGAGAGAGUUGAUCAAAUAUGGAAAUCUUUGAGGAUGACUAAACAAAAGAUGACGAGUAGAAACUUUAUGUGUGUUCUGUCUUCGUAUCUGAUGCUUGGACAUAUGAAAGAGGUAGGAGAAGUCAUUGACCAAUGGAAGCAAGCCACAAUCACAAGCUUUGACAAUUCUUACUGCAAUCGACUUUUGGAAGCUUAUAGAGAGAUUGGGUUGAUAGAUACUGCUAAUGCUUUUCAUAUGCUUCUUAUAGAGAAGAAUUGCAUCUCUGGCGAUGACCCUUAGUGAUGCAUGGUGGAAUUUUUUGGCACUCAAUGUUCCUUCACAUAAACGGCACAGGGAAAGUCCCCUCGGAGUUCAAUAAUUAGUAUUGCAAGUUUAGGUACUUGUACCAUGUAACGGGAUGUACUGAUCUUAUUUUGAACUUUGCUCAGAUGUUACCAUCCUGUAGCAUGAAUGGACAAUGGCUUUGCAGACCUGCUCCUAUCCCACCAUUAGGUGCUAAAAGGCUUCAAUUUAUUGGUAGAUUAUCAACUCAGGUGAGAUUAUCUAGGUUAAAGAAAUUCUAUUCUUAGACUUUUGUUAUUGAUUGCUGAUAUUUUAUUUUACCAGAGAUUGUCAUCGAGAAGAUUUUUUUUU